AUGAAGUACGUCCAAACCGAGCAGUUCGUGGAGGUCCCACAAGGUGUCAACGUUAACAUCAGAUCCAGAGUUGUUAAGGUUACCGGUCCAAGAGGUACCUUGGUCAAGAACUUGAAGCACAUCGAUGUUACUUUCACCAAGAUUAACGAGAGACAGAUCAAGGUUGCUGUUCACAAUGGUGACAGAAAGCACGUUGCUGCUUUGAGAACUGUUAAGUCUUUGGUCGACAACUUGAUCACUGGUGUCACCAAGGGUUACAAGUACAAGAUGAGAUACGUCUACGCGCAUUUCCCAAUCAACGUUAACGUUGUUGAGAAGGACGGUAAGAAGUUCAUUGAAAUCAGAAACUUUUUGGGUGACAAGAAGGUUAGAUUGGUCCCUGUUAGAGAAGGUGUUACCAUUGAGUUCUCCACCAACCAAAAAGAUGAAGUCGUCUUGUCUGGUAACUCUGUCGAAGAUGUUUCUCAAAACGCUGCUGACAUUCAGCAAAUCUGCCGUGUCAGAAACAAGGAUAUCCGUAAGUUCUUGGAUGGUAUCUACGUCUCUGAAAAGGGUGUCAUUGAAGAAGCUCAAUAA